AAUUGUUUUACAUGGAAAGUAAUGUAAUUAAUUAAAUAACAUUUAGAAUAAUAAAUAUUAAUUUGACUCAGGUGAGAUUCUUAUUUAAAAUUUGCAGAUCUCGAGCACACCACAACGCAAGGCAUGAAAAAGGAGUUUGAGCGCGUGUGCAGAAGAGGAAAGGGUGAGAAGAACCAAACUCUGCCAUUGAUUUGUUGUCAUCUUCACAACAACAAUUCUGCUUCUGCAAGUCACUGAUAAGAAAUGGAUCAAACCAAUCACCCGAAGGAGUUGUUCAUGUAUUUUCUUAACCAAUUGAAGAGUGUAGCUCACAGCACCUCUGCAUAGAGCUCAAGCGUCGUGUCUACUACAACAUUGCCUGAUCUGCGUUUAUUUUUCAAGAGGAGAGCCAUGGAUGCCAGUGAUUACUGUGGAGCACCAAAAAAUCCCAAGGGAAAGUACGGAGCUACGAUAAUUUGUUUCAUUCUUGGAAUUGGGUCCCUUGUUUCCUGGAACAGCAUGUUGACUAUAGGAGAUUACUAUUACACACUGUUCCCCAAAUACCAUCCUGCAAGGGUACUUACCUUGGUCUACCAACCAUUUGCAAUUGGAACAAUGAUAAUACUGGCUUACUAUGAGUCGAAGAUCAAUACUAGAAAGCGGAAUUUGGCUGGAUUCACUCUUUUCUUCUUUAGCACUUUCUUUGUUCUUGUUGUGGAUCUAGCAACAUCAGGGAAAGGUGGAAUUGGACCUUAUAUUGGUAUAUGUGUGCUUGCUGCUUGUUUUGGAGUAGCAGAUGCUCUAGUCGAAGGUGGCAUGGUAGGAGAUCUAUGUUUUAUGUGCCCUGAGUUUAUCCAGUCCUACCUUGCUGGUUUGGCAGCAUCAGGGGCUCUAAUUUCUUUUUUGAGAAUGUUGACCAAGGCAGCUUUCGAGAAAUCUAGUCAUGGACUUCGCAAGGGAGCAAUACUAUUCUUGGCAAUUUCCUCAUUCAUUGAGUUAGUUUGUAUCUUCCUGUAUGCAAUCUACUUCACCAAAUUGCCCAUAGUGAAAUAUUACCGUUCAAAAGCAGCAUUAGAGGGAUCAAAAACUGUUGCAGCUGACCUUGCUGCUGCUGGAAUUAGUACAAACACUAAAGAUCAAGGUGGAUAUGAUGAUAAGCAACAAGAGCGGUUGAGCAACAAACAAUUAUUUCACGAGAAUCUUGAUUAUGCAGUUGAUUUAUUUUUUAUAUAUGCGGUAACACUGUCAAUCUUCCCUGGAUUUUUGUAUGAAAAUACGGGCACCCAUCGGUUAGGCACAUGGUACGCAGUUGUUUUGAUAGCUAUGUAUAAUAUAGUGGAUCUCAUAUCAAGAUAUAUUCCCCUUGUGCCAUGUCUGAAGUUGGAAUCCAGAAAGGCUCUACUGAUAGCAGUCUUUUCUCGAUUCUUGUUGAUUCCAGCAUUCUACUUUACAGCAAAAUAUGCUGACCAAGGAUGGAUGAUUUUGCUCACCUCCUUUCUGGGACUUACCAAUGGCUAUCUCACUGUGUGUGUUCUUACUGUGGCACCAAGAGGUUACAAGGGUCCAGAGCAGAAUGCUUUGGGUAAUUUGCUUGUCUUAUGUCUUUUAAGUGGCAUAUGCGCUGGGGCUGUUCUUGACUGGUUAUGGAUCAUUGGUAAUGGAACAUUCUGAAGAUAAUACUAAAUCUAUAUUUAUUGUAUUAAUCAACCCUCACUGAAUUUUUUAAAUUUAAUCACUUGUUAUAUUUUUUUU